AUACUAGGGCGAUAUGUCGAUGUGCUCUUAAGGAGAAAGGAUGAUGGGAUGCAAGUGCCAUAAACUAUCGUUGAAAUAGUGAUAAGUCGUUAAUUAUUUGUUUUUCAGUAGCAUUUUUCAGCUCGUUUCCAGGCUGAUUUUAUUAAAAUACCGUCCAACUUAAGAGAGGCUUGACUGUCUGCGUGCUGACGCGCCGCACAGGUGCACACCUUCUUAUAGUCUCUGCAAAGCUUCAAAGUACCGUCACCUAUUAAACGCCAUGGAAAAGUCUAAAAACUUUAGAAUCGACGCCCUCCUCGCCGAUCAGACCAACCGUGGCAGUCGUGAUCUUUCCCCGGGUCUGAGCAGCGACAGCCCAGCGGGCAGCCCGGUCUCCUGCCGCCGCUCCGAUACCCCAUCCCCGCGGGGCGCACACCUUCAGACCGGACUAAUCCCCAAACCGAGCGUCCUAAAUCUCCCGCACCCAGGCCUGGCUUCUCUGACACAGGGCGCCAUUCCCGGUAUGUACCCCGCACCGAUGUAUCCACUGACCGCUCUGGGAGGGCAGCACCCAGCAUUCGCAUACACCGGUUUUACGCAGCUGACACAGAACUACCCGGAGCACCUAAAGGCGGCUGCCAUGACCGGAUCUCUGCCCCUGGAACACUGGAUCAGAGCCGGGAUUAUGAUGCCACGGAUGCCAGAUUACACCUCAGGCCAUCAGUCCGGCCUAUUGGGGAAAUGCCGCAGGCCUCGUACGGCCUUCACCAGUCAGCAGCUCCUGGAACUAGAGAACCAGUUUAAACUAAACAAAUACCUGUCCAGACCCAAGCGCUUUGAGGUGGCCACCUCCCUGAUGCUGACCGAGACGCAGGUCAAGAUUUGGUUUCAGAACCGGAGGAUGAAGUGGAAACGCAGCAGGAAAGCGAAGGAGCAGGCAUCUGCCUCCAGCCAGGUGGAGGCAGAGCGACUAAGAAGUGGAGGAAAAGUGGCCAAUGACAAAUCAGAUGAGACCAGACGAGGUUUAAAUGUGGACGGCAGACGGGUAGAGUAUGGGUUGGAGGAUGGAGAGGAAGGGGAGGAGGAGGAGGAAGUAGAUGAGGAGGAAGAAGAAGAAGAGGAGGGAAGCCAGCAUCGGUAUCAUAUCACUAUGAGCAACAAGGUCGGAAUGCCACGGUCCAUGGACUUCUUGCAGCACAGCAGCAAGCUUGGGUAUGACCCCCACAGCCCGUUCUCUGAUGAUGAGCUGGAGGGAGUGCAGGUAGGAGGAGGAGACAGGAAGAUUGGGGCAGGACUGUGAGGAGACCCUGGGAACACUCUGAAUGUUACAGAGAGAUUUUACCAGUAAAAUUGCCCAAAAAGCUUCUGUUUGUGUUUACUUGAAAAGACAAUUUCCAAACUUGAAAAUGUGUCUGUUGACAUCUUCUGGAAACACUGAUCGUUCACACAGCACAUUCUGUACAUUAAUUAAUUCAUAUUUUCAAACUAUCGGAAUGAAACCUUGUAGCAUGCAGAAAAAAAUCAUCCUGAAGACCUUUCACCUAUUGUUUGGCGACAUCCUGUUUGUUCCACCUGCUGACAGCUGGAGCUCCACCCUGCAAACAUGCUUUUCAUACAGGAAGGAUAUAAAGACAACCUGGAGAUAAACAACUUGUGUCGCGUGCAAGAAUCAUGAAGUUAAACAGGUUGCAUGGUACUGUGACAUGAACGAGUGUUGCAUUUCAUGUUAUGUAAAUAUCACUGUUGUUCUGUCAUUGCUCAAGUUUAUGAAUCCCUUCUUGUUAUUUACAUACAAGUGCAUUAAUUUAAUUUAUUGGAAUGACUGCAAAGGUUAAUUAGAAGAAUAUUUAUGUCAAACAUGUCUGUGGUACAACUGUGAAAUAAAAGAAAAGUAAAAGCUG